AUGGCUGUUACACAAGGUCUCUGUGACCCCGCAUUCAACCGCGUCCGUGAACUUUUGGAAGAAAGAUUGACUUCGGGAGAAGAGAUCGGAGCAUCGCUGUGCGUCAACAUCGACGGAAAGAAUGUCCUCGAUAUAUGGGGCGGUCAUACAGACCUCGCCAAGUCGCGCUCCUGGGAAAAGGACACCCUAGUUGUCGUCUUCUCAUCUAGCAAAGUAGUCAGUGCGCUGGCUGCGCUGAUCCUCGUUGAUCGCGGCCUACUAGAUGUCGAAGAGAAAGUCUCCAAAUACUGGCCAGAGUUCGCAGCCAACGGCAAAGAAGACACAAAAGUGUGGCACAUCCUCAGCCACUCCUCUGGCCUGCCCCACUGGGACAAACCACUCCCUAUGGAGUCUAUUUACGACACCAAAACUUCGACUGAGAUGCUCGCUGAGCAGGCUCCGUGGUUCAAGGCCGGGGAGGCAUCCGGCUACCAGUUGGUAGACCAUGGACAUUUGAUCGGCGAGCUGGUGCGACGCAUCAGCGGCAAGUCGUUGAAGCAGUUCAUUGCAGAUGAGAUUGCGGGUCCAUUGGGUGCAGACUUCAGUCUCGGUCUUGCCGAAGAGAAAUGGUCGCGCACGGCAGAUAUCAUUCCUGGUGCUCCUGUGGAGCUGCCACCGGUCGACCCGCAAAGUGUUGUGGGUAAAGCCUUUAGCAACCUGACAUUUAAGCCUGAGGACUCUGAGACACCCGGGUUCCGGGCUACUGAGAUUGGCGCUGUGAAUGGGUUUUCUAAUGCGCGGGCGUUGGCCCGGAUUGGUUCAAUUGUGUCCUUGAAAGGAACGGUCGAUGGGAAGCAGUAUCUUGGACUGAAGACUAUCGACCAGAUGCUUCAGGAACGGGUUAGCGGCGUCGAUUUAGUGUUGUUUAUGAAAGUUCGAUUUGCUCUUGGAGUGGCCCUGCCAGUGCCGGAAGCUGUCACCUUCAUCCCCGAAGGGAACAUUUGCUUCUGGGGAGGCUGGGGUGGAUCUAUGCUGGUCAUGGAUUUGGAUCGUCGCAUGACUGCUGCUUACACGAUGAACAAGAUGGGGUCAGGGAUUAUGGGCAAUGAGAAUGUCAAGGCGUACUUCGAUGCGCUUUAUGAAAUUGUGGGAGAGAAGAAACCUUCUGUGUCCGUAUGA